CAUUGUAUCACCAGAUUAUGAGACUAGGAGGCAAAUUUGACACAAGAAUUGAAUGGUUUCUUAAGUGUAUCUGUGUGGUUGAUGAUGAAAGCUGAGAAGACGCUCAAGGGUAAUCUCUAUUGCAUGGUCGGAGAGACUGAUAUUUUGGAGGCUACCCUCGAAGGCAAUUCACACAUUACUUUAUGUUGGUUCAUCGAAAUAUAUGCGAUUCGGAGAACCUCAUCUUCCCUCCGACUACACGUAAGAACGGCAGUUCUCGCUCUCAGAGCUGCAAUGCGUUUGGCAGCACAAAUCAACUAGGACUACAUCACGUUUCUAUCCAAACUUAAGAAGACAGCUUCGACAUGAGCCUUUCGAUCCGUAGCGCUGAACCAGAAGUACGAAUCGUCAACCGAAAAUUGUGAGUAGAAAUGAUUAAAUAUGUUGAGCUACACAAGGCCGAAUGGACUCCCGGGUACUGAGUGGCUGGAAUGUUUUGACAAUAUUGGGGAAUGGCUCGAAAGACAACCUUUGAAUCCACAAGUAUGUUAGACGAAAAGUGUCUGUUGUAUAUCAGAAACAACUUAUAGACGGAUAAAUGCACGUGCUGAGGAGAACACGUGUUAUUUACAAAACUAAUGUCUAAAUAUAGGGCUAAUUACCGACGCAAUUGUUUUCCAAGAUGUCCUUUGAAUGCACGGGUGACUCUACCAAAUAUUUACAAUGGCGGAGAUUUUCUUCGUUUUUAAUUGCAGGUUUUCAGAAAAACAUUUUAAGAAAGAGCACGUAACUCAAAAACAUCACAGAAGGGUUGUAAGAAAACAAUUUCGCGGGCUCGAACAAAGAAACUGGCUUUACUUGGGAAUCAAUGCAAAAAGGAAAGAGGAAGAAAUUAAAACGUGAUAGGGAGAAGUGUUAGAACAUUUCCUUCAAAGGAAGAAUCUAAGAAGAGAGAUCAGUGGUGGCAAGGAGAUUGAAAAAAAGGGGAAUCAAAGCAAAUUCGAUGUAGGUUCUCGAUCCCACAAUGCACUUGUCGAUUUGGUGCUUGGCUACCGUUGUUCUUCUUUUGUUUCUUGCAGUACAAUAUGGGGACGGCAAAUCGGGAGCCAUUCAAGAAAAAGAUUUGCCCGAUGGCGAAGAGGAGAAGGAGUCUCAAAGGUCCGAAAUCCCGCGACAUCACCGCAGCCGUGAGGCUCACAGCCGUCAUAACAGGAGGGCCGAGCGCGGUCGUUACCGCUCAGUCUUAGCCGUCGGCGUUGGCUGUGCAGUGGCAGGCGGCUGGAUUUGCUUAGCGACUGUGGUUUAUGUCGUGCGAUAUCUUCGCGCCAAAAAGGACGCGGCUACACGUGACUCCCCUGAUGACCUGUUGUGAUUAGUCAUUGAAGACAAGUUAUCAUUCGAAUGAUUCAUUAGAUGGAAUGAAGCGGAGAAUUAAUACGAUUUAAUGAAAAUAAUGUAUCAUUCACUGGUGUCGGGGAGGUUCUUACCUCA